AUGAGUGAAAGAUCUUUGAGGAAACGACGUCAUAAUCCUUACACGUCAACAGCAAGUAAUGCUCUUUAUGUAGGUUACGUUGAAGAUGAUGAAUCCAUUGGUGCAAUAAUGAAAAAGUUUGAAGAAUUGGAACGUAUUCAAGAAGAAAUUGCGGCUUCCAAAUCUACAGAAUCUUUUUCAAAUAAUUCUCCUAGUCAAAUUUCGAUCCCCGAAAAUGAAAGUUUAACCGAAGAGCAACUUGAAGAAGUUUUUAGAAGAACUUCAAGUUUUACAGUAAAAUCUGCCACAUUUGCACCUAACCUUGAUGAGGUGGACGAUUUGGAUUAUUGGAGGAUUGAAAUGGAAGAUGGAAAUACUGCUGAAUAUGAGGAGGAGGACGAUUAUAUGACAGUCGAUAAUGACUUUUGGGAUGAAGAAUUUGGAGAAAGAAAGCGACGGAAAACGGAAAGAUCGGGAACAGAGCGUAGACGAAAUUUAGGUAGAGAAAAUCUAUUGCAACGAUAUAAAGUUAUGCAAGUAAGACUACAAGAUAGAAAUGGAAAUUUCUUCACAAUUAAGAAGAAAGUAAGUCUUCCAACAUAUAUUAGAAUUCCUUCUUUGCCAAUGCCACGUUCUUGGGCACAUACAAUUUUACCUCCAUUAAACGAGUCAUCUUCAAUUACUAAUGGGUCAAGAUAUUUCGAAAAAAAUAUUUUAUCAAUGGAUUUCACUAAACUAGGAACAGAUUUUCAAGCACUAUAUAUUGAUCCCCCCUUCCUUUUACCAAAUGAAAGUCCAUCUCCCGGAAAAAUCUCGUUGAAACAAUUUAGUGAACUUAAAAUUACAAAUAUUGUUCCAAAGGGAUUUCUAUUUAUUUGGGUUGAAAAGGAAUUUAUACCGGAUAUAGUUCAGAUAGCAGAAAAAUGGAAUUUUCGUUAUGUUGAAAACUUUUGCUGGAUAAAAAAACACGUUAACAAUCAGAUUUCUCGUGAACCAUAUCGAUAUUUUAAUAAAUCUAAAUUAUCUCUCUUGAUUUUUAGAAAGUUACGUCAUCAAAGAAAUCCGGAUUGCAUAUUUGAUUUCAUCAAACCUGGAAAUUCGGAAACAAAGCCAAGAGUAAUUUAUGAAGUUAUAGAAACAUUAUUACCACAAGCUUGUUAUAGCGAGAAAAAUAAUAAAGGCGAUAAACUAUUAGAAUUAUGGGCAAAAAAGGGAGUUCGUCGUAAAGGAUGGACGACCGUAGUACAACAAUUCUAA